AUGUCUGAAGAGAAGCACCACCACGGCCUCUUCCACCACCACAAGGAUGAAGACAGACCCAUUGAAACCUCAGACUACCCUCAGUCUGGUGGUUACUCUGAUGGAGGACGUACAGGCAGCGGCUACGGUGGUGGUGGUGGCUACGGUGGUGGUGGUGGCUACGGUGAUGGUGGUGGCUACGGUGAUGGUGGUGGCGGCUACGGUGACAACACUGCUUAUUCUGGUGAAGGACGUCCCGACAGCGGCUACGGUGGUGGUGGCGGCUAUGGAGAGAGCGCUGAUUACUCCGAUGGCGGCCGCUACAAGGAGACCGCUGCAUAUGGCACCACUGGCACCCAAGAAUCUGAAAUUGACUACAAGAAGGAGGAGAAGCACCAUAAGCAUCUUGAGCACCUAAGCGAGGCCGGGGCUGCUGCUGCUGGUGUUUUUGCCCUG